AUGUCUUCCAACAUGUUUUACAUGAUCAGUAUUUUGGUCAUAAUUUCCAUAAUAUCCAAACCUGCAGAAACAAUUAGCUUUGUACCCCCUCAUGAUAUCUCAAACAAGUUCCGAAUCGAUUCACAGUCCAUCAAUUUGGCCUCAACUGACUAUGGUCACAUAGUUCAAACAAAACCAUCUGCAGUAUUUUAUCCAACAUCCACAGAUGAUAUUAGGAGCUUAAUACUAUUUGCGAACAACAAUUACAACUCGAGCCAUCCUCUUGGCAUAGCGGCUAGAGGGCAUGGCCAUUCGGUUCGAGGACAAUGCACGACUCACAAUGGGGUUGUGGUGAACAUGACACAUUUGAUAAACCACAAAAAUGAGCUUGGGAUUUUCAUCUCAUCACAGCAAAGUCAAAAUCAAAGUGAUUCUUAUAAUGCUUAUUAUGCUGAUGUUGGAGGUGAGCAGCUUUGGAUUGAUGUGCUGAAUGAGACCCUUAAGUAUGGUCUCUCUCCAGUGACAUGGACAGACUACUUGUACUUGAGCGUUGGUGGGACCCUCUCUAAUGCUGGUAUCGGCGGCCAAACCUUCCGAUAUGGUCCUCAGAUCAACAAUGUUUAUGAAUUGGAUGUUAUCACUGGAAAAGGAGAUUUCGUGACGUGUUCCAAAGACAAAUUUCCUGAGCUAUUUUAUGCUGUUCUUGGAGGUUUGGGCCAAUUUGGGAUAAUAACAAGAGCAAGAAUCGCCCUUCAGCCAGCACCGAAAAGGGUUAAGUGGGUACACAUGAUGUACACCGACUUCUCUGCAUUCUCACGAGACCAAGAAAGGUUGAUCUCAUUAAAAGAAAAAGAUGGAGCGAAUUAUGUAGAGGGUCUUCUACUAAUGAGACAGGGUCCUUAUGAUGUUUCCUUUUAUUCCAAAUCCGACCAACCCAAAGUAGUUUCCUUAGUUACUCAACAUGGAAUCAUCUACCUCUUAGAACUAGCCAAAUAUUAUGAUGACAACACUCGGCAUAGCGUGGACAAGGAUCUUCAAGCUUUGGUAAAAGGAUUAAGCUUUGUUCCUGGAUUUUAUUUCGAAAAAGAUGUUGAAUACCUAUAUUUCCUUAAUAGAGUCCAUUACGAUGAAUUGAUCCUUCGUAAACAAGGACUUUGGGAUGUUCCUCAUCCAUGGCUAAAUCUCUUUCUACCAAAAUCACAAAUUUCUGAUUUUGAUUAUGGAGUUUUCAAAAACAUUUUCCUUAAAGAAAGUGUUACCGCGGGAAUCGCUAAAGUUUACCCUAUGAAUAGGGAGAAGUGGGAUGAUAAAAUGUCGUGUGUGAUACCAGAUGAAGAUGUUUUCUACACCGUAGCUCUACUAUAUUCAAGUAGAAUUUUUGAUUGGAAAGCAUACGACACCGUAAAUGAACAACUAUUAGAAUUUUGUGAAAAGAAUGGUAUACCGGUAAAGCAAUAUCUUCCCUACUAUGAAACUCAAGGAGAUUGGAUAAAACAUUUUGGUUCAAAAUGGACAAAUUUUCAGCAGCUGAAAGCUAACUUCGACCCCAAGAAAAUACUCUCACCGGGCCAGCGAAUUUUUAAUUAG